UUGGCGGAGGAGACAAACAUAACCAGCAUGCAAUGCCUACAACUCAACAACUUCGCCAUCCUGACGGAGCUGAACACUUUCCCGCCGUCUACUCAGAAUGGCACGGAGCUUCUCCAUCCCGUCAUCUACACCUGCACAGCCGUGCUUCUGAUCUGUCUUUUCACAACUAUCAUCACCUACAUUGUCAACCACAGCUCCAUCCAGAUCUCGCGGAAGGGCUGGCACAUGCUCCUCAAUCUCUGCUUCCACAUCGCCAUGACCUCAGCGGUGUUUGCCGGAGGAAUCACGCUCAGCGGAUAUCUGAUUGUGUGCCAGGCUGUCAGCGUCAUCCUGCAUUACUCGUCACUGUCCACCCUC